CCCAACUCCUGACUUGCACAGUCCUCCCUCUUUUCAAACUUAACUUCCUAUUUCCAAUAAAUAAUCUUUUGGCUGCUUUUCUCCCUAAUGUCUUUAGGAUAUUGUAUUGUAAAGAUAAAGUUCAGGUUUUUUCUCCUUAAACAAACAAAAAGACUGGCUUUCCCAUUUAUCAGUUUCCUGUUUUGUGUUCCUCUGUAGUCAUUUUGGGGUGAUAUUUGGGGACAACGGUGGCUCACUGAGAAUAAGAGCAUUCACAGGUGACUCAUGGUCUGAGUCCAUGGUUGAUUCUGAAGGCUUCUCAUAUAACUCAGCAUGCUGUUUUGUCACUAAUUCAUCCCCUCUGUCAAAGCAAGAUAACAGCGACCAAGCAUGUGCCUGGCCACUGGGGAAUUUAUGUACUCACAUGAGCACCUUAUCUCUCUUUGUAUAGCCAGGCUCCGAGGUAAAAUUGCUUUGACUUGGAAACAUAUGUCUCCCAUUCUGAAAGUGGAAAGGUGAAAAAUAACACCUUCUCCUUCAAAGCAGUGCAUUAAUUUAAUGGUUGGGGGAAAGUAUCUAAAUGUCUAAGCUGUAGCCAUCCUCUGUCUGUUAGCUGUGUGACCUUAAGCACAUCACUAACAUCUCUGGCUUCAGUUGUCUCAACUGUAAAGUUCAGUGGUUGGAAUGAUAAAUUCUCCCAAUCAAUUUGACAGAUGACCCGUUCUCUUACAGAGGAGCUGGGAGAACAGGAAGUAGGGUAGGGAGAAGGCACUAUCUCCAGUUCUCCCCUGGAUCCAGGGGAUCAACACUAGCCUAGAGCACACAUGCCAGAGUUCUUCAGACUCUCCCAGCAGAUGAAACAAUUAGUCAUUGCCCAGCUUCAGCUGUGGCCUUGAGAGUACUCUGGUCCCUCCUCUCUGGAGCUCUUUCCUAGGGAUGGGGUGAUACUGGGAAAGGGGCCAGUCAGUCCAAGGGGCCUGGGUUUAAAUCUGCCUUUUCUUUUAGAGCAUAUCCAUUCCUCACUCUUCUUGCUCAGAGUUCCCUCAGACCCAGGAGAAUACAAAGAAGGCAGCCAGACCCAGAGUAGGAGUAGGGCCUUGGCCAGUCAGCCCUGGAGCUGCCUCAGGUCCUGAAGGCUACUGCUACUGAUGAAGUGUGUCUUUAAGGUGAACCUGUGGGAGAGAAUGGCCCAAGUGGGAGACUACAAGCAGAUGCCCUGGCUCUCUGUCCUCUUGGUAUCUCUGAUAUGCUCUGCCAGAGCAGAAUACUCCAACUGCGGUGAGAAUGAGUACUACAACCAGACCACAGGGUUGUGCCAUGAGUGUCCCCAGUGUGGGCCUGGGGAGGAACCAUACCUGUCCUGUGGCUAUGGCACCAAAGAUGAGGACUAUGGCUGCAUCCCUUGCCCAGCAGAGAAGUUUUCCAAAGGAGGCUACCAGAUAUGCAGGCGCCACAAAGACUGCGAAGGCUUCUUCCGGGCCACUGUGCUGAUGCCAGGAGACAUGGAGAAUGAUGCUGAGUGUGGGCCUUGUCUCCCUGGCUACUACAUAUUGGAAAACAGACCCAGGAACAUAUAUGGCAUGGUCUGCUAUUCCUGCCUCCUUGCACCUCCGAACACCAAGGAAUGUGCGGGAGCCACCUCGAGGGUCUCUGCCAACUUCCCCAGCACUGCUGGCAGCAGCACCCUCUCUCCUCUCCAGCAUGCCCAUAAAGCAGAGCUCUCAGGCCAAGGACACCUGGCCACAGCUCUGAUCAUUGCCAUGUCCACCAUCUUCAUCAUGGCCAUCGCCAUUGUCCUCAUCAUCAUGUUCUACAUCAUGAAGACAAAGCCUUCUGCCCCAGCCUGCUGCACCAGCCACUCAGUGAAGAGUGUGGAAGCCCAAGUGAGCAAGGAAGAGGACAAAAAAGAGGCUCCAGACAGUGUGGUGAUUUUCUCAGAGAAGGAUGAAUUUGAGAAGCUAGCAGCAGUUCCAGCAAAGAAUGCCAAGAGUGAGAAUGAUGCCUCGUCUGAGAAUGAGCAGCUGCUGAGUCGAAGCAUGGACAGUGAUGAGGAGCCUGCCACUGACAAGCAGGGCUCCCCUGAGCUGUGCUUGCUGUCACUGGUCCACCUAGCCAGGGAGAAGUCUGCCACCACCACAAAGUCAGCUGGGAUUCAAAGUCGAAGAAAAAAGAUAUUGGAUGUGUAUGCCAACGUAUGUGGAGUUGUCGAAGGUCUCAGCCCCACGGAGCUGCCCUUUGACUGCCUUGAGAAGACAAGCCGAAUGCUCAGCUCCACCUAUAACUCUGAGAAGGCUGUUGUGAAAACAUGGCGCCACCUAGCGGAGAGCUUUGGACUAAAAAGAGAUGAGAUUGGAGGCAUGACAGAUGGCCUGCAGCUCUUUGAUCGUAUCAGCACAGCAGGCUACAGCAUCCCAGAGCUGCUUACAAAACUGGUACAAAUUGAACGGCUGGAUGCUGUGGAGUCUUUGUGUGCAGACAUACUGGAGUGGGCUGGGGUCAUGCCACCUGUCUCGCAACUACCCACUACAUCCUGAAGUACAUGCCUGUGGGCUGUCCUUCUUGGCAUAUACCAAGGAUCUAAUCAGGGCUCUGGAGCUGUGGGUAGUGCCAACAGACUGCCAAGAAUCAAGACCUUUUGUGCUAUGUCACCAGGGUAUGCCUUAGGCCAGCAGUCCCCAAUAUUUUUGGCACCAGGGACUGGUUUCAUGGAAGACAAUUCUUCCAUGGACCAGUGUUGGUGGUAUGGUUUUGGGGUGAUUCAAGCUCAUCACAUUCAAGCUCACCUCCUGUUGUACGGCCCAGUUCCUAGCAGACCUGGACCAGUACCAGUCUGUGUCCUAGAGUGGCUGGGAACCCCUGCCUUAGUCUGUUCCAAGGAAAGAGAAGAAAUGAGAUGUCUUUCCCAAUCUAACUAAAGAUAAAAGAUUAAAGCUAGGAUACUUCUAGCUACCCAUCUACACCUCACCAGAUUGAAAAAAUAUUUAUUCAGCCAACCAGUCUUCUUGCCAUUAACUCAUUCAAGGCAUAUUUGGGGGCACUCAAAUGAGCCAAACACAUGGGGAUGACAAAGGUGAAGGAUCUGGUCUCUGUUUAAGGAGUUUACAACCCAGUGAGAGACAGAAGACAUGCCCACAAACCACUUUGCUAGGAGAUAUCAAACAAUCUGAGUGAGGGGAUUCUAAGAAUAAGCAAUGAAAGUCCUGAGAGCGGAAGAUGGCAUCCCACUCAAGUGAUGAAAGGGUCAUCCUCAUGCAGAAAACAGCUCAAAAGUUUGGUAAAAUGACUGCAAAAUGCAGACACCCCACUGCCUGCAUUGUUUCAGGUUCAGUAUAAGUGCUUCGUUGGGAUAAAUUUGCCUGUUCUUGAGAUUAUCAUAUUGUUACAGCCAUUCUAGUCACUAAUGGAAGAGCUCACCCUGUAGCCUGUUUUAUGUCACUGAUAUGCAAGACAUGCAUUCAUCCAAUCAAGAAGACCUGUGCAGUAGUCAAUUUCACUCACUGCAUGGGUCCUAGGCCUGGGAACCUAAUUGUUUUUUUAUUAUAUAUUAAUUGCCUUCCAAUUCUCAUUCUCAGUCAGAUUUGACCUUUUGGGGGCUGCAUUUAAGUUGUGCAAUUCUCUUUUGCUUCAAAGAGAAAUGAGUGGUCAACUCUGCUUAGAAAGGGAAAUGAUGACUUCCUAAGAGUUCAGCCAUGUAUAACUCAUAUUUCUGGAGUGUUUGAGACUUACAAGAUGAGCCACAUGGUAUGAGAGUUUUAGGAUCUGGCCUUGUAAGUCAGUCAGGGAAAGUGGAGCCCCCUGUGCAGGGCGAGCCUGGGCUUGGAGUCCAGGGACUCGGUUCUAAUUGUGCCAACUUGAGCCAUUUUCUUUACCCUCCCUAGGAUUCAGUUUGUCAUCUGCAAACGAUAGGUUAGUCUGUUACUCUAUAAUCAUAGGAAAAGUAAGGUUCAAUGAGAAAAAAAAAAAUGGAGCUAUAGAAAAUGCCAGCCCCUUGAGGUGUUCCAUGGAAGUGAAUACAGUGUGAGUAAUCAUGUAAAAUAGAAAU